AAGCGCGGAGGCUCUUUAAAGUUAAAUAAACGCCGCGACGCGACUCGUGUUGCACACAGUGUGCAGCGCCACUGAGAGACGGACAUCGAACAGAACCGAACCUGCGCAGCAACAAGACUCUUCUAGAGAAUGACGUCCAUUUGCCCAAGAUGCGAUAAGACUGUGUUUUUCGCUGAGAAAGUGAGCUCUCUGGGGAAAAACUGGCACCGUUUCUGUCUGAAAUGUGAACGAUGUAGUAAGAUUCUGUCUGCUGGAGGCCAUGCGGAGCAUGAUGGAUUGCCUUACUGUCAUAAGCCCUGUUAUGGAACCCUCUUUGGACCAAAAGGUGUAAAUAUUGGAGGGGCGGGAUCUUACAUAUAUGACACACCUCCUCAAACACCGGUCAACAAAUCAUGUAACAGCCCUUCAGACGGAUCGCCCACCACACCUUGGACCAACUCACAGAUCAGCUAUAAUCAACCUAAAGCUUCCACUGCAACUACACGCAUGUUUGCCGGAGAGACUUGUCUGUGUCCCGGCUGUGGAAAGGCAGUUUAUUUCGCUGAGAAGGUGAUGUCACUGGGUCGCAACUGGCACAGGCCUUGUCUUCGCUGUGUUAGGUGCGAGAAAACACUGACCCCUGGUGGCCAUGCAGAGCAUGAGGGCAGUCCAUACUGCCAUGUGCCCUGCUACGGGUACCUGUUUGGACCAAAAGGUGUGAACAUUGGAAAGGUGGGCUGUUACAUUUACGAGAAAGAAAAUGCAGAGAAUGAAAUGCCAAGUGAACAUUAAGUCACAAAGGAAAAUAUCUUUUUUAUUUGUUACAGACAUAUUUUUUUACAUUAAUAAAAUUGUAAGGUGUAAAGAUUUAUUUUCACAUAGUCAGAUAUAUGCAGAUGUCAUUGCACAUUGCAUGCAUUCUGAUAAUCAGAAAUGGCCAGACAUCUUAAAAAAAAAAA